GAGGCCCUGUAACUCCAGCCGCCUCUCCCACCACUGCCCGCCCCUCCUUCACCUUGGCCUCAGGCUGGGCUGCCCACAAUGCCUCCCAUUCAGCCCCGUCCCCGCUGCCAGGCCUGCGGGCCCGACAGGGGGGCUCCCGCGGCAUCCAGGCUGGACUGGCAGUGCAAGGCGAGGCGGCAUGGAGGAGCCCCAGAGCAUCUCCCUGGUGCUGCUGCUUCUUCUGCUGCUGCCACUGGGUCCAGCCUGGCACAUAGCUGCCCAGCGCUGCCCACAGAUGUGCAUUUGCGACAAUCCCAGACGGCAUGUCGCCUGUCGGCACCAGAACCUCACUGAGGUGCCAAACACGAUCCCUGAGCUGACUCAGAGGCUGGACCUCCAAGGCAGCAAGCUGAAGGAGAUCCCCCCAGCGGCCUUCCGGGAUCUGCCCUACCUGACGCAUCUGGACCUGCGCCACUGCGGGGUGGAGCUGGUGGCCGAGGGCGCCUUCCGCGGCCUGGGCCGCCUGCUCCUGCUCAACCUGGCCUCCAACCGCCUCAGCUCGCUGCCGCAGGAGGCCCUGGAUGGGCUGGGCUCGCUGCAGCGCCUGGAGCUCGAGGGCAACCGGCUGGAGGAGCUGCGGCCCGGGACGUUCGGGGCGCUGGGGGCGCUGGCCACGCUGAACCUGGCCCACAACGCGCUGGUCUACCUGCCGGCCAUGGCCUUCCAGGGGCUGACGCGCAUGCGCUGGCUGCGGCUGGCCCACAACGCGCUCAGCGUGCUGGCCCCCGAGGCCCUGGCCGGCCUGCCCGCCCUGCGCCGGCUCAGCCUGCACCACAACGAGCUGCAGGCCCUGCCCGGGCCCGCCCUGGCCCAGGCCCGCGCGCUGGCCCGCCUCGAGCUGGGCCACAACCCGUUCACCUACGUGGGCGAGGAGGACGGGCUGGCGCUGCCCGGCCUGCGGGAGCUGAUGCUGGACCACGGCGCCCUGCAGGCCCUGGACGCCAGGGCCUUCGCCCGCUGCCCCCGCCUGCGCAGCCUGGACCUCCGCGGGAACCAGCUGGCCGCGCUGCCCCCGCUGCGGGGUCCGGGGCAGCUGCGCCGGCUGCGGCUGCAGGGCAACCCUCUGUGGUGCGGCUGUGAGGCCCGGCCGCUGCUCGAGUGGCUGGCGCGGGCGCGGGUGCGCUCGGACGGCACGUGCCGGGGGCCGCGGCGCCUGCGAGGGGAGGCCCUGGACGCCCUGAGGCCCGCGGACCUGCGCUGCCCCGGGGACAGGGCGGAGGAGGAGGAGGAGGCGGCGGAGUGGCAGGCGGCGGCGCGGCUCCGCGGCCCCCCUGGCGUCCCGCAGGAGGCCGACGGGGCCGCCCGGCCCUGCCCGCGGGCCUGCGUGUGCGCCGCCGAGUCCCGGCACAGCGGCUGCGAGAGCCGGGGUCUGCGGGCGGUGCCCCGCGGCUUCCCCAGCGACACGCAGCUUCUGGACCUGAGACGGAACCACUUCUCGUCGGUGCCUCCCGAGGCCUUCCCGGGCCUGGGCCGGCUGGUGUCGCUGCACCUGCAGCACUGCGGCCUCACUGAGCUGGCGGCGGGCGCCCUGGCGGGGCUGGACAGCCUGAUCUACCUCUACCUGUCGGACAACCAGCUCUCCGGCCUCAGCGCUGCCGCCCUCGAGGGGGCCCCGCGCCUUGGCUACCUGUACCUGGAGCGCAACCGCUUCGGGCAAGUGCCCGGGGCCGCCCUGAGCGCCCUGCCCGGCCUCUUUUCCCUGCAUCUGCAGAGCAACGUCGUGGACCGCCUGGAACCCAGGGACCUGACGGGCCUGCCCGCCUUGCGCUGGCUCUACCUGAGCGGCAACCGCAUCACCCAAGUGUCCCCUGGGGCGAUAGGCCCAGCUCUGGAGCUGGAGAAGCUGCACCUGGACAGGAACCAGCUGCAAGCGGUGCCCACGGGGGCCUUGGAGGGGCUGCCUGCCCUCCUGGAGCUGCAGCUCUCGGGGAACCCGCUCGGAGGCCUGGCGGAUGGGGCCUUCCGGCCCGUGGGCGGGUCGCUGCAGCACCUCUUCCUGAACGGCAGCGGCCUGGAGCAGAUUUCUCCCAGGGCCUUUUUGGGUCUGGGGCCACGGCUGAGGAGCCUGCACCUGCAGAAGAACCGGCUGCAGGCCAUGCCCGCCCUGCCCCAUCUCAGCCAGCUGGAGCUCAUCGACCUCAGCGGCAACCCCUUCCACUGUGACUGCCAGCUGCUCCCACUGCACAGGUGGCUCAUGGGGCUGAACCUGCGUGUGGGAGCCACCUGUGCUACCCCUCCCAGUGCCCAUGGCCAGAGGGUGAAGGCUGCAACUGCUGUCUUUGAAACCUGCCCAGGCUGGGCUGCCAGGAAGGCCAAGUGGAUGCCCGCCCCCAGGUCCAGUGCCAGGAGAACCCCCAUGAAGGGAUGAUGGCUCAGAGCAGACAAGAUCUGGACAGUGACUCGUGUCGCUUCCAUUCCAUGAUAUCUGUCCCCGCUCCUCAUCUCCUCUACCUCUGGCUGGGCCCAGGUGGGUCUGUGAGGAAAUGACUACACUGUCCCAUCCUGUGGGACAGUGGCCUGAGAAGCCACAGAAUACCCGGAGUCAGCAUUCUAGAAGCAAUGCCACUAUUGCCAGAUUUGCUGCUCAUUGUUGAUUCCAGUCCUUCCUGGCCUCUGGAGCCUGGCUCAGCCCUGGGACAGGAGGAGCAGGGGUGCCAUCGCUGUGGCCACCGCCUCCUGCUGGCCCCUAUUCUGUGUUGUUCCAUCACCUGCCUGACAGUUAUGUUCACAUAUUUGAGCCCUCUGUUUUAGGAAAAUUGUGCAGCACACAGUGGAGGGUGAGGAUACGGGGACCCUGGCCUGUGGGGACCCCUGCUAUGUGGUGAGGGCACCGGGAGGGUGUCUAGGGGAGAGGCCAGUCCUGAGAGGGAAACUGAGAACAGAAAAGCAGGUCCUGGUAAGACAGGGAGAGGGUUCAGCCUGGCCUGCCUAUGGAGAGGCAUCCCCAGGACCUGGGUGCCUGGGGACCAGGAGGUGGUGGAGUAGCCCCCAGGGGCCGCUGUGACAAAGUACCACAAACUCGGUGGCUUAGGACAACAGACAUUUUGGCUCACUGUUCUCAGCAGUCUAGAUGUCCACGGGGCUGUGCUCCCUCUGAGAGCUGUGGGGGAGAUCCUUCUGAGCCCCUUCCAGCUUCUGGUGGCCCCUAAUGGUCCUUGGCUCGUGGCCACACAACUGCGGUCUCUGCCUGACUUCACAUGGCAUCUCCCUGCCCCUUCACAUCUUCCUGUGAGAUUGGAGUCCAAGUUCCCCCUUUUAGGACAGGAGUCCUAUUGGAUUAGGGCCCAACCUCAUGACCUUGUUCUAACAUGAUUACCUCCGUGAAGAUCCUAUUUCCAAAUAAGGUCUCAUUCUCAGGUGUAUCUUCUUUGGGGGAGGGGCACACAGCUCAUAAGUGUUUCUAGUCAGGUAGGCUGGGAGGAAGGAACCUCUAGAAAGACCCCAAGCUGAAGGUGAGCAGUUGUGCCUUAGAGCACAGAUCUGGAAGCAGCACUAAUGACAAUGGCAUCAAUCUUUGUGAACACUUUUGUGGCGCCAACUUCCUGCCGGGUGAGGUGCUCCAAAAAGCCCUGGAGUUAUGUUUUUUCUUUUUAAA